UUAGUGGCGCAGAGUCACCGGUGCAGCGCAAACAGCAGCGGAACAGAGACAAAACCCCGCACAUCUCAGUCUGGACUUCCCGUGCGUCCUUUUCAAUAUUUAAUGAUUGCAGCGCACACUUUAAACUGAUUGUUUUGCAGACUUUAUUGAUUAGAAAGUAUGGAGUGGAGACAGCAGACGAGUUUGAGCUGUGCAGACUCUUUCACCGAGGCGCAGCGCUGGAUAGAGGAAGUAACUGGAAAAUCUUUUGACUGCAGUGACUUUCGAGGAGCUUUGGAAAAUGGCGUCCUUCUUUGCGAUUUGAUCAAUAAGUUGAAGCCUGGCAUCAUAAAGCGGGUGAACAGACUCUCUACUCCCAUCGCAGGUUUGGAUAAUGUCAGCGUGUUCCUGAAAGCCUGUGGCAAACUGGGGCUGAACGAGUCCCAGCUCUUCCACCCCGGAGACCUGCAGGACCUGUCGACACGUGUCACGCUUAAACGAGAUGAGAGCAGCAGGAGGCUCAAGAAUGUGCUAAUAACCAUCUACUGGCUCGGCAGAAAGGCCAAUCAGGACCUGCUUUAUGAAGGACCUCAGCUGAACUUUAAGUCUUUUGAAGGACUGCUGGGACUCGCCUUGUCCAGGGCCUUGGACGACUCCACGAGUUGUUACUACCAGGAGAAGGAGGAGAUCCAGCGCAAAAGGUCAAGCUACAAACGCCAGAGUUCAUUAGACAGUGUGGAUUCUCUGGACGCCAAGGCGACUACGGCAAACGGCUGUGGCAGUGAUGCAGAGGCUGAGCAGGUGUUUAAGACGGAGACGCCUCCAACUUCAGCUCCUCCACAACGAGGACGUUUACCUGCACCUCUAAAGAAGACCAAGGACGUACGAGGAGAGACGAGCGGAACUGGUCCCAUGUCCAGACCAGGUCAAACUCUGAAUAAUCAAGAAAAGCCAGUUCAGGUGAAUCCUGGCUGGAUUUGGAGCAAGUCCCUCACUGAUAUCCCAAUGGUUUACCCUGUGCGUAACAUACCUGAGGACACCGCCGCCGCCGUUUUGGACGAGGCUCAAGAACCAGACACGACGCAAUUCAAAAGGAAGAGCAGCUCUACAAAGGACACCGAAGCCCAAUGGCACGAGGAUUUGAAUAAGUGGAAGAGCCGUCGCAGGAGCAGCAAGACUGAGGGUCGAAGGGCGUCUCAGGAUCGAGAGCAUGUCAUACACCAGAUGACCAACGGAGCCAAGAGCGCUUUUCAGAAAACUAUCACUCAAGGUGGACCAAUGAAAAGAGACCAGCCGUCACAGCACAGUCCGGCCGCUCACCCCUACCCUCCCACGUCCCCCGCCAAGUCCUCCAGGUCAAACCUCCGACCACACACCCGGGCGCCGCUGGCUCGGAGCUACGCCACAGAGAUGCCGUACAACUCUCCUACGACUUAUUAUCCACAAACGUCAGGACACAUUCAGGGGCCAACAGUUGGAACCAUGCCAGAACCGAUUAAAAACGCCUUGGACAAAGACACCCACAUGGCGUCUCUGGCUUCAGUGGGAACAGCAGCCACCACGCCCUCCACAGAGCAGCCCUUCAGCUCGCAAACCCAUGUCAAAAACGUACGUGUAACAUCCCAGAACGUCACUGGAGACGCCUGCGGACGCUCACCUGUUCUGCCAAAGGAAAUGACUAAACUAAACGCUGCUGCUGAGGAUCUUACCAUAGUCGGCCGCGCAGAGAUCGACGCUAAAAAUGCUCCAACCAAGACGAGAACCCAAAAGCAGGAAGUAAACAUGGAGGCAAUCAACGUCCAGGGUCUUGAGAAGUUCCUUCCUCGCUCCAGUACUUGGACCAGUUCUGCCAGUCUCCCUCGUGGUUACCGUCGGUCCGAGGGCUCGAGUCGCCUCUCCUCUGUGAUCUCAGCCCGACCUUUUGGCACCAAACCGUCCAGAGUGUCCUCGCUCCCAAAACUCUACAAUGUAGAUGAUAAUCAGCUCAACUGGCUGUCGAAUAACGAUAAAGACGUCUCUCCGCCCGUCACUUCUUCGCUGAAAAGGCAGACGGCGACGGUCCAGCUCAAAGGCCACGCUCCGGUCACACAGACGGAGAACUGUGCCAUUCAGACCAGAGAGCGCCCCACGCAGGAUGUGCCCCAACACAGCAGCUCCACCCGGGGGAAAGAGUCCAGCGCUCCAGUGAAAGUGGAUCACAGUGACAUGAGGGUGUGUCUUACUCUCAGACCGAACAGCAGACCAGACUUUGGGUUUCAGACUCACUGGGACAGCUCCGGGGCGAGGGUAACGUCCAUUCACCCAGGGAGUCCAGCAGAACUUUGCCGUCUUCGCAUCAACGAUGAGAUAAUUGCAGUUGAUGGAGGAUCUGUGUCUCAACUGAAUUUCAAUCAGUGGAAAAAUAAAAUGACCUCCGCCCUGCAAACCGGCAUUUUGACCAUGGACAUCCGACGCUACGGGAACAGAGAUUGGAGCAACAGUGAAGCCAGUUUUUACACACAGCCAGGCCAGAACAGGACGACCCUCGAUUUGACCUCAUCCGCGCCCCUUCUGAUUGGUCGGCCCGAUCGCCAUGCCAACACUGACACCGCACUAAUGGCCCCGUCCAAAUUUAAUGGGCAGCCCAACAAUGUUAAUUCUUGUCAAAACAUGGAUGGAGAACACUCCGACAACCCCAGGACAGCCACGAAGAAAGGAGGUUCUGAAUCUGCGAUAUCAGAUCUCCAGGUGCCCUCCCUCAGCCCCUCCUCUGGCAGCUGGUCCUGGGACAGGGAGGAGGAGCGCAGGCGGCAGGAGAAGUGGCAGGAAGAGCAACAGCGCCUCCUGCAGGAGAAAUACCAGCGGGAUCAUGAGCGGCUUGAGCGUGAGUUUAAAAAGGCACAACAAGAUGCUUCAAUCGAUAAAAAAGAUGAGACGAAAAUGAUAACCAGUGAUGAAAACCCACAGAACAUAUGCCUCCAUGUAAACGGCAUGACGAAUAAGCCCCAGGAUGAGCACGGCCCUGCCACAAAUGAAGUUAAAUCCGCAGAAAGCUCCUCCUGCAAGGCUAAAGAAACGCAGCCGGAAAAACCGAGCGAUGCCUGGGCCAAGUCCACGUCCACGCCGGCGCUAACAAGCCCCCAGAAACAGACGAGAGGAGCCGGUGACCAGAGGAAAAGGAAAAGUCAGAUGGUGUCAAAGGUCGAGCAGGAGCGGCUGCAGAUUCUGGAGGAGAUGAAGAAGAGAACUCAGCUCCUCACAGACAACAGCUGGAUCCGUCAGCGAAGUGCGAGUUUUUACAAAGAGCCCGUCAUGCCCGGGGUCCCAAUCAAGAGGUAUGAGUCUAUGGACCACCUGGAGAGCUGGCGUCACUCUCCCGUCGCUUCAAUGACCUUCACUUAUCCCCGACCACAGUCUGCUGCUGCGGGAUACUGUGGAUCCACCAGGACGUCCUCCUCACGCCACAGCACCGGGUCGAUGCCUCCACAGAGAAGCAGGACAGACCCGGGCAGGAGGACGUGCUCCGUGUGCGAGGGGGCGCUUGAUAGUGGGACAGUUGUGGUGGUCCAGGCCCUUAGUCUGAGCUUCCACUUGUCCUGUUUCCAGUGCAUGGGCUGUUACCGAGAUCUCCGAGGAGCAGAGACCGGAGUCGAGGUCCGGAUCCACGACCAGCGGCCCUACUGCGACGCCUGCUACUUCCACCGCAAAUACACUGGCGCCGUCGUGUUGUGAUCAAAACACAGCUCUGCGUAUCGCUGAAUAACCAGUCCAUCUGGAAAUGACUCGAUGUUUUGUGUCGUGUCCGGCGUCCGUGAAGCUCUAGGGUUGCAUUUGUCUAAAUUAUUUUAAAUUUUAAGUGUAGUUUUUAAUAUUAAAUAGUAGAAAUAGACAUAAUGCAUCUGUUUCUUUUAUGAUUUCUGUGUUUGUGUUGCAUAAUUGUCUGUUUCCGUUGUAGCUCAUGUUAGUCUCUGUUUGGAUUCUCUCUGUGUUUAAGAAGACGGCACAUUUCACACUUACGUCUACAUUUUGUGACCCUUAAGUACAACGCACUAAACCUUUUAAUAAUUCUUCAGAGUUUUAUUGUUCUACCACUUGGUGUCGCCAUUGGACUCUCGGUUAAAGUCGAUCCUUCCUCUGCAGUGACUUUCACGUCUGCAAAAAUCUGUUUUAAAGAUGACGCCUUUAAGUUUUAAGUGAAAACAUUUUAAAAUUGCCAAACAUUUCUUUAAUUAUAAACUGUAACUAAUAAAACAAGAACAUUUGAAUAGUGUCAAAGCGUCUGGAGUCUGUUAAAAUAUUCACAUGGAGAUUCAAAGUUACAAACAACAAGCGUUUUAGAAAGUGAAGGGAAAUAUGUGCUGUAUGUUCUGUUUAGUGACUGCACAAAUAAAGAUUAAUGUUCUCUA